GCGGUGCAAAAUAAAUAAAUAAUUUAAGUAAGAGUAUAAGUAUAUAGUGGUCGAGUGAUCCAGCAGCAAGUUAAGCAGCAAUUCUUUUUGCAGAGUUUUUUGUGACGCUAAAACCGCCUGAGAAGCAAGCUUAAAUGGUGACCAUGGAGAAUAGCGAGGAGAUAUUGCAAAUUCUGGAGCGUUUCACACAGCUCAAGCAGAAGGAGAUACCCAAGGAGCUGGAGGACUAUCUGCAAUAUGUGGCCAAAACGGGGGAGACCAUCUUCAAGUGGUCGAGCCUCAAGUAUCUGUUCCGCGAGAAGUUGCUCAACGUGAUCAAGCACUUCAACGAGGAUUCGCAGCGUCUCGAGGAGAUACCCAAUUAUCCGAAUGUGGAUCCGUUCAAUUAUGAGACCAUGAAGUCCUCGCUGCUGGAGCGUCUCGAUCUAUUCAAUGCGGCUCCAUUUACCGUGCAGCGCCUGUGCGAGCUCCUCAUCGAUCCUCGCAAGCAAUAUUCUCGCAUCGAUAAGUAUAUGCGAGCCCUCGAGAAGAACAUACUUGUGGUCAGCACCAUCGAUCCGGGACGCAGGCGCACGGAGAGCGAAAACGGCGACUCGCUGGACUCUGUUGGCAAUGGGGAUCUCUCGCUGGAGGUCAACAUUGACAUCGAAAUGGAGAACGAGAACAUGUUUAACAAUGGUGACGAGCGCAACGGCAAUGGCAAUGGCAAUGGCAACGAGGAGUCCACCAGCGGCUCCCUUAAAGCCAGCUGCCCACGCUCCGAUGGUGGCGAACUCGAACCCAAGGCCAAGAAGGCCAAGUUUAAUUAUGAUGAGAAUGAGCAGGACGAGCAGGAUGAACGGGAUGAGCGAGAUGAGCGUGAUGAUGUCGAUGGGGACGAAGAUGCCAUUGAGGGCAAGCCUGAAUCAGCCAAAGCAGAGGCCGAGGCUCCCGAUGCUGCGGACGUGGAAGAUGACCCAGAUGCUGCAGUUAAGGCAAUUGAACGUAAGACUAAGGAGACAGAUGCCGCUCGGGAGGCACCCGAAAUAGAGGAGCCCGACGAGGACGACGAGGAGGAGCCGAAGAGCAAGAAGGCAUCUAAUGACGACAAGGAGCUUAAGGAACUGAAGAAGACACCAGAGUCAGCCGCAGACAUUCCAGCAAAGGCCGAGUCUGUUGAGGCGGAUAGCGGCGAUGUGAAGACGAAGACCGUCGAUGCUGGCAAAGAAGCCGCCGAUGAUACUAAGGCCAAGGCUCCGUUAAACGAUGCCGAUGACCAAGUCCAAGCCGAGGAGUCGUCGAAAAUCGUGGAGAAGCAGCAGCUGGAGAGCAAAAAAACUGCAGAAAAGCCGGCAGAGGAAGUGGAGCCAGAUAAGAAGUGCGAUAAAAUCGCAGCUAAUCUCGAAACCGAAGCUGCUGUGACAGCUGUAGCUGUUGCAGCUGCUGCCGCUGAUGCUGAUGGAAACGAGAAGAAUGAGCCAAAAGCUGACAAGUCCAAGGAGGAGCCAUCUGUGAAGCCAGAGGAAAAGACAGAAAAAGCAACGCCAGCGUCGCCAGAGAGAUCCGCUGCUGCCGCUACUGGUGCUGCUGAUGCUGCUAAUGCUGCUGUAGAGAAAGCUAGUGUCGAAAAAGAUGACGAUGAGCAGCAGGCUGAGGCGCCUGCUGCUGAGGCUGAGGCCAAGACUGAGCAACAGUUGGAGCCAAAAUCGAAGGCAGCCAAUGAUGAGAGCAACACUGAAAAGACUGAAACUGAGGCAGUAGAAGCUACUGCUGCUGCUGCUGCUACAGCUGCUGCUGCUGCCGCUGGUGGUGAUCCGGCUUUUAAAGCCAAGUCGCCAGCUAAGGAUGAAAUUAAGGAGGAAUCGACAAAGACUGUUUCAGCUGCUGAUAAAACUACUGCUGCUCCAACUCCUGCAUCAGUUGCAGCAGAUGCUGCCGCUGCUGAUGCUGCCAAAGCUGUCUCCGUUCCCAUUGAGACCGAUGAGCUUGCCACGUCGCAGCCGCCUACUACUGCUGAUGCUGCAGCUGCUGCUGUUGUUGAUGCGUCUGCUGCAGAAGCACCGACCUCAGAUGAUGCGGCCACGUUUGCAGAUGGUGCUGCUGUCACCACUCCCACAUUGACACUGAACGAUCAGCCCAUGGAGGAUACACCAGCCGAGGAGGAGGAGAACGUUGCGGCCGUUUCACCCACCGCAGCCGUCGAGGAAGUGGUCAUGGCUGAGAGCGGCGCUGCCGGCGCUGGCGGCGAUAUGGCCACCGAUGAGCUGGCCAAGGAUGAGCCAGCCGCUAUGGAGGUGGACGAUACCAGCCAGGAGGUAAUGGAUCAAUAGACCACUACCAGUGGACGCCAAUUCAAAGCAACUAAUAUUAAUACUUUCAACUACUACUCCGAAAAAUAAUAGUAUAAGAUAAUACACCCUAUGCCCCCUUCCUCUUCCUCUUCCUCUUCCCCUUCUCCCCGCACACACACACACACACAGAAGAGCAUACAGAAGCACAUCCAUUCUCCAGACACAACAUACCAUUACCAAUCCCAAUUAUCCUGAGAUAAUAUAACGUAUAACUUCAUUAAUUAGGGUAUUACCGUUAGGCCAUAGCUGAUAUGAUAUGAAAUCAGACA